AGCCCACCAACAACUGAUCGAGCCCAGUUGGGCUCUUCUUCGUCUUCCUUCUCAUCGCGACGCCAGUGGCAGACACAGAGGCGGCGAGCCGGCGACUGCUGUAACUGCCGCCUACGGCCUAUCCCAUAUCCCUCUUCUAACCCCCAAUCUUCUCCGGCGACGACGACGACGAGAACAACCCAGAUUUCCGAUUCCGGCUCCCCUCUCUCCUAAGCUCGCAUUAGCGCCGGCGUCCAUAAUCCCACGAUCUACCGGGAUGUGGAGUAUCAUUAGAGAGGCAUUCGACAAAACACUGCUGGUUGCAAAAGCAUACGGCAUCCUCCAUAUCACUAAUUCCUACCUCUGUACAGUUGCACUUGCUUAUGGCCCCAGCAUGAUUCCGACUAUUAACCUCACCGGUGACCUUAUCCUCGCCGAGAGGAUCUCCCCACGCCUCAGGAAGGUGGGCGUUGGGGACAUUGUUAUCGUCAGAUCGCCGGUUGUUCCCAGUAGGGUAGUGACGAAGCGUGUGGUUGGCAUGGAAGGAGAUCGAGUCACCUACUUGCUCGACCCACACAACAGCGAUGAAGUUCGCUCCACUGUGGUUCCAAGGGGCCAUGUCUGGAUACAGGGAGAUAACAUUUACAAUUCGAAAGAUUCAAGAGAUUUUGGCCCAGUUCCUUAUGCACUGGUUGAAGCAAAACUACUUUGGAGGGUGUGGCCGCCGAAAGAUUUUGGACCAAUGCAGCACAUAGCCAGAUAGAUCAGGGACUGCUAGCUCUCCUGUCAUGCUGUUGUUUGAAAUGGCAGCAACCCUGGAGAAAGAAUGUGUGGAUCAAUCCUACUUUUUCAUGACUUGAGUAAAGCUAUAGCUGUAAGGAGGUAACAGGGGAGACAGAUUAGACCAGAGAUCAAUCCUCGAUUAGGAAGAGUGUGUUCUUCUGGCUAUGUAAAUGAUGAAAGAUGUUCUGCAAUCAACUUCUUUCUGCUAUCUUACUAUAGAUAGUCAUCAUCAUCACUUGUCUCUUCUCCAUCAACCAAUGCUUCCUCAAUCAACAACGAAUCCUCCCAUAGUCUCUCAUCACCUUCAUCUCCUUCCUCCACGUCGGUAAUCUUUUUCUUCUUCUUACCUUCCCCAUCCCUCUCCUUCUCCAUCUUCUUGUCCCGUGGUCUCGUCGGUCGCGAAUUUCGUCCCUCCAUCUUUCUUCUUCUUCCUAGCAGUCGUUGUUGUCCCCGACACAAUCUAUUUCCCUUCAUCCUCAUUCUCCCCUCUCCACUCCUCAUCCAUUCCAGCCUUCCUCUUCUUCUUCUUCCUCCUUCCACGGCUGCCUACAUUCUCAUCCUCGGCUGCUCUACUGUGUUCUGGAUUCACCCUCUGUCUCCUCUAAGAACCAAUCCCACUCUUUAGCAUUUCUAAUCCUCCCCUUGUGAUAACUCUCGAGUUCCCGCCCAAUCACCAUGAACCCAACCUCUGCAUUUCACAAAACCGUCUCUCGGGUUCUUCCCCAGGACUCGGAAUCUAACCCUAGGCGGCGGCCGGGAUUGGUUACUAAUUCCGACGGUGUAUUCUACUCCACCGUCGAGGCGGAACCGAAUGUGCCACCGGGAGACGGUUCUAUCGUCGGUUUGAAACCAUUUCCUCUACCUAGUAGGAUGACAAUUUCGACCUGACCCGAUUUACCCGACCUAUUUUGGGGCGGGUUAGACCCACCUCGUACAUCGACCCGACUUGUCCUGACUCGUCCCAUUCUCGAUCCGUUUUUGUCUAUAUUACAUGUAAUUUUAGUCAAAUUAUUUAGACUUUUCCUUUUAUUACAUCAUAUUUUAGCUAUUAUAAAGUUGUGAAUUAGUGGAAAUCUCAGUUUCUCCAAUAACGUGCCUACAUUUUAUCAUAUUAUGAUUUGUUUCUUGGUCUUAUAAUGAAAAUAAAGAAUAUUU